CAAAUGUUCUGCGCAAUCUCGGGCGGUCCGCCGAUCUAUCCAGUCGUAUCUGUCAAGAGCGGCUUGAUCUACGAAAAGGAGCUGAUUGUCAAAUACAUCAGGGAGAACGAUGGCAAGGAUCCAGUGACGGGGCAGGAGCUAGCUGAGGAAGACUUGAUCGAUGUCAAGACAUCGCCCUCUGCACCUGCCGCACCUCCCAGACCGCCCACGCUGUCCAGCGUGCCGAGUCUGUUGCACGCCUUGCAAAAUGAAUGGAAUGCCUUGAUGCUCGAAACCCAUGCGCUCAGAAAGACGACCACUCAGCUCCGGCAAGAGCUGUCGCAUGCACUGUACAAGGAAGAUGCGGCCAUGCGCGUCCUUGCGCGCAUCAUGAAGGAGCGCGAUCAGGCCAGAGACGCCCUCGCGAGCGUGCAGACUACAUUGGGCGUUGCGCCUGCCAACGGCACUGCGGAUACCGAGAUGUCGGACGAAGCAGUCUCUUCGAAACUGCCUGAAAGCGUCACGCAGCGCAUCACGCAGACCUCAGAAAGCUUAUCAGCAACGCGCAAGAAGCGGAAACCUGCAGCCGACUGGGCGACUCCGACCGAUGUCAAAGCCUUUGCGCCAAAGGAAGUCAUACCGAGCAUGCAUUCUGCAAAACCGGCAGGCAUCACCGCGCUUGAUAUCGCUCGUGACAGCAAUCUCGUGCUGACAGGCGGCAACGAUAAGCAUGCGCAGAUCUACGAUCGCAAAGCUGGCAAGAUUCUUGCGACACUCAAGGGCCAUACCAAGAAGGUUACGGCGGCGCUCUUUGUCGAUUCGGAUGCUUCCCUUGAUCUGCCCAAACAUGUCAUCACGGCCAGUGCGGACAAGAGCAUCCGCAUCUGGUCGGCGCCGGACGCAGGCUCAAAAUCAAAGGCAAGCUACGUCGUACAGGCGACGUUGACGGAUCACACCAGCGAUGUUACCGGUUUGGCUAUACACCCCUGUGGCAGCUUGUUUGCGUCUGCCUCACUUGAUGGUACCUGGAUUCUGUACGAUCUCGAGGGCGAGGCGCCAGCGAACGUGCUCAGUAUAACAGUGCCCGGGUCGAUACCGUGCACAAGCAUCGCCUGGCAUCCUGAUGGCGUGCUUCUCGGCGUUGGUCUGGAGGAUGGGCAGCUACGCGUAUACAACGUGCCUCAAAGCUCAGAAGCUGCCACCUUCAGCGCACAUGCAGACAAGAGUGCAGGUGCUGUCGUCAGUCUCGACUUUAGCGAGAACGGCUACAUCCUCGCUUCUGCCGCUGCCAAUGUAGGAGCCGCCAUCGAGAUAUUCGACCUGCGCAAGCUUGCUAAUACCAGAUCUAUCGAGCUUGCAACGCCAACGAGCAAGGUCAACAAGGUUGCAUUCGAUGCGUCUGCCCAAUUCCUGGCUGCAGUCGGCUCGGAGGCGAAUCUAUACCAGAACAAAACUUGGGAGACGCUUCUGUCAAGCUCAACCAAUGAAGCCGAACUGACAGGGGUUGCAUUCGGCUCGAACGGCAAAGAGAUGCUCGUCAGUGGUCUUGAUCGGGCCAUAAGAGUGUUGUCGUGAAGGGCUGAUUUCAUCGCUAAAUCUGUGCUUUGGUUUUGAGCUGCUUGUGAGUGGAGCAGGAAGGUGAUCCUGCCAGUCUCGCUCUGCAUGCAACUUGUCAAAGCUUGAAGCUUGGCCGACUGCAAGGACAUGCCGACCAUGGUCCUCACAGCGCCAGACGAUGGUCGAUAGACAACUUUACUGAUUUCUCGAGACAAGCCACGGCUAUGGUAGUAGGGAAUGCAUGCAUUGACAAGUCGAGGUGCGCAAUUCGUCAUCAGCGAGAGCAAUGGCGAGAGAGAUGCCGCGCAGGAUUGAAUCGACACUGAUCUGCCGACUCGAAUCUACCGGGGUACGUAUCUUCCAAGUUUCCGUUAGCUUGCUCUGUCUGAUGCAGACGAUGCGAGGAAGAUCGGUGAUGUCANUGAGNGUGAGAAUGUAUAUUCAAGGUAGGCGAUUGUCGAUANGCAAGCGAGUCGGUGUCCAAGUCAUGACGGGUCGAGAGAUGGC